AUAGAUAUAUCUCAAAUAGAUGAAAACGUUUAUAAUUACGCUAUACUUGUUAAAGAAUGAGUAGAUAUCCCGAUCAUGAACGUACAGCCAGCAGAAUGUGACAGGCAAACUUAUUCCGAUCAUGUAUCCACAGAAUCAUUGGGUGUCUUCUAUCAUAGGAAGUAUACCGCAUCAGUGCAUAGAGAAUUAGGAAAUAGGCUGAUACAAGAAGAUCGAUUUGUAUUUGCACCAUAUAUGAUUCCUGAACGAAAUGAUGUAUCAUUCUUCGGUAUAUUCGAUGGCACCGGCGGUCCAUUCGCAGCGGAUACCAUACAAAAUACAAUAAUAGAACACAUGGUGUCUACUGAUGCAUGGAAAUCUCUAAUGACGGCAAUCGAUUCUGCAGAAACAGGAUCAACUAAAAUACGGCAACUGGCAGCUACGGCUAUGAAACAAGCAUACGCUAAUGCAGACAAAGAAUUGCUGGAACUGUGUCAAAAGACAGAUGAGCACUACACUGCCUCCACUGGCGUAACAGUAUUGUUGAUCAAGGAUUACAUAGUAGUAGCACACGUGGGCGACAGCAGGGCAGCAAUCUGCUACGAAGACGGUGGUGCAUAUGUAACUAGAUUCAUCACAACAGAUCACAAACCACACUCUCCUGAUGAAAAAAGGCGUAUUAAAGCCGCUGGAGGAAUCGUUGUAUAUAGCAAAACACGACAUGCCACAACAUUCCUGCGUUGUGGUGAUUAUUUGAAACGGCACGCUAGAGGGGAACGGCCUAUGCAAAUCCAAUAUUCAAGAGCAUUCGGGGGGAAAGAGUUGAAACGAUGCGGGUUGCUAUGCGAGCCAGAUGUCAGCAUAUACAAAGGAUUACAUCAGCAUAAAGCAUUGAUAAUAGCUUCAGAUGGCCUUUGGAACGUAUUUAAAACAAGAACUGCAUUCACAAUAGUCCUCCGUGCACAUUCAAACGGUAAAAACCCUAGCAUAACCCUGGUAGAAUCAGCAAUAAUGAAAAAUACGGCGGAAUCAAGAAAUUCGGAUAACAUUACAUCAAUAGUCAUUAUAUUUAACGCAUGAAGCACAAACUGAACAGAACAACAUCAUGUGAUGUCGUAACAUGUAUGACGCUACACAGCGGGUGGUGUAAUAUAAACCUA